CAAACAGUUACUCGAAUGGAUCUUCGGACAAGCUCGUAUCUUUUCGGAUGAGAACCCCAAAUACAUUCUUCCGAGCUCACAAAGAGCCAAGAGGCUCUCUCUCUUGUCCAUUCCAUUUUCCAAAAGCCGACUGUAGUGACCAUGGACUGUCUGUGCUGUGCCGACGGUGGUGCCGGUCCCACGACGGACAAGGAGUUUUUGGGCUCGGUGUGCAACUUGACUGCCGCAGAUGGGAGCAAGGCCAAGUUUCCCUUGGAACCGGAUCGGUAUAUUCUUUACGUAAUUGCGGGAUGUCCCUUUGCGGCACGCCCUUGGGCACUCCAAGCCAUUUACGGUCUUCCCAUUCGAAUCGUCAAACUGUUUCCAGCAUCGUACGAAGACGGGUGGUUUUUCUUUGCCAUGUCGGACGGAGAACAAGAACUGGUAAAAAACUUUCCCAUGGCCCAAGUCGACCCCGAUCCACUCGGCCAUCAUCACUUGAAACAACUCUACCAAAUUGCCAAUCCAGAAUUCCAAGGAGCCAUUAGUGUUCCUCUCUUGUGGGAUACCAAACAAAACACGGCCGUUAGCAAUUCCUCGUUGGGUUUGGCGGAAAUGUUGGAAACACAGUUCAAACCAUCACUGGCCACGCGCAAUCAACACUUGCAACUGUUUCCGGUGGACGACGACGAAAAGGUCAAACAAAAACACGACGAUUUGAUUAAAUGGAUUCAUUCCAACAUUACCACUGCCGUUUACAAAAUGAAUGCCACCAAAGAUGGAAAGCUCCACGAUACACUCGUGGACAAUUACUAUCGGGCACUCGACACACUCCAAAAUCGAUUGAUGCAACAAGAUAAGCAAGACAAUUCUACCUCGUCCUAUUUAAUGGGUCAAGAUCUUCGCUUUGCCGAUAUUCUCUUGUGGAUUAGCUUAUUACGGUUGGAUUUGGCCUAUCAAUUUCGAUUCGGAUUGGGCAAGUACAGCAUUCGAGAAGAUUAUCCCCGCUUGCAAGCGUACACCGAACAAAUCAUGACGAUUGAAGGCAUUCGAGACACGGUCUUCCCCCGCGACAUUAUGGCCCUUUAUUUCAUGACGCUCAAAUGGACGUUCAACGGCAAUGGACGCUCGCUGCCGCAGGUACCUCAUUCCUGGGAAUCCAAACUCAUGAUGAUGAACAAAUAAUAGUAAGCGACGAUGGAGGUGUUGCUUGGUGGAACAAGACGCCCCUGUGACCAUAAAGAGAUAAUUGUGAUCAAGUAUUUU